AUGGAGGGAGCAGCACAAGAUAACAUGGCGAAGCAAGUGGCAAGAACUGUUGAUACUUCGAUAGUACUUCGCACAGAAAUAAAUUUAAACGAAGAUAAUCUUAGUGAAGAAGCCAAGAAACAAUUCAGUGAUCAUAGUGAGAUUUUAUGUGCAUACCGAUUGAAUGCUCGCGUCAUUCUUGCCAACAAUCGAUUAUCACCAACUGGACGUCACCUAUACUGUUUGAUGCUCGAAACGAAUUAUUCAAACUGCAAGAAUGUUCUCAAUUAUGUGGCCUCACAUCCAGAAUUAAAAAUAACAACACAAUCGAUCCGACCUCCAUUAAUUUUAUGUGGGCUGGGUCGGACAGGUACAACACUGUUAUACAAUUUACUUGCUUGUGAUCCGGCAUGUCGAGCACCUUUCGCGAUGGAUAUGAUGGAUCCGGUUCCACCACUCGCUCGUUCCGACACAUCCAGAGAGAUGCAUCGUAAUAAAAUUGCAAGCGCGUAUAGUAAUACAUUUAAUUCAUUAGGACUGAACGAUUACCUACGUGAUAUACAUGCUUCUCAUCCAUCAUUUACUCAUGACGAAGAUUUAUAUGUUCUUUCCCAAGCUGGUCUUAACUGGCCCACUUACUUGCUUGCAUCUCAUCGAGAGAAUGAAUUUGCAAAAUGGUUCUUGAAUGAUACAAAUAAAGACUUUGUCUAUCAGUAUCACAAGACAUUUAUCCAGAUGUUGAACAGUGUCGAUGCACCUCGAUCACAUUGGCUUUUCAAAACUGCAAUACAUGCACUUUAUUUCAAUACACUAUUGAAAUACUAUCCCACAGCUUCUCUGAUCAUGACUCAUCGGCGACUUGACGAAGCACUACCAUCAUGUGCUCGCUUGGCAAUUGCCUUUGCGACUGCUUAUUUUGAUAACAAUAAAGCCGAUGUAAGAAUAGAUAAGAAAAUGGUUGUAGAGCAACUUUUAAACGUUUAUGAUGUCAUUAUUCGGAGAAUCGUCGAAUUUCGACGGACUAAUCGAGAUGUUCCUGUUCUUGACAUACUCUAUGAUGAUUUACUUGCACAACCAAUUGACACUGUUCGUCGAAUAUAUCAACAUUUUAACAUGGCAUGGUCAGAAGAUUUCGAACAGGCUAUGCUUGGAUGGCUUCGUGAUAAUCCUCAGGGCAAGCAAGGACGCAAUACCUAUACCCUUGAAGAAUUUGGAUUGGAUCGUGAAACAAUAGACAAGAAUUAUGAGGAAUACAAUAAUAUGUUUCUAAAAACUCGAGACCAAUCCGAAACAGACGCUAAUAUAAUAAAAAAUUAA